GUCCUUGCAGCUUCCAUGUACUUGGUCUCCAAACUGUCCUCCGUCUGUCCAACGGUGUCCUGCGUCGCAGACAUGGCAACCCGUCUCUGUUUGCUCCUGGCUCUCUGCAUCGUCCUGUCAGGCUGUGAAGCAGCAGAUCCUGUAAACAUCACAGCAGAACCUGGACAGAACGUCACUCUGACAUGUAGAGCUGCUGGGAACAGCAUCGUUACAGCUGUGAGGCUGACCAGAGACAACCUGGAACCACGAUAUGUGCUGCUCUACAGGGAUGGGCAGAUUGAUGAAGAGCAGCAACAUCCACAGUACUUGGGCCGAACCAAACUCCAAAGCCUCAUCAGCACCGAUGGAGAAAUUAAUCUGACUUUAGACAAUGUGACAGAGAAGGACAGUGGAGUGUAUGAGUGUCGAGUCAGAACUGAAAUAAAGAGCAACACACGCAGGAAGAGAGCCGCUUUAGAAAGCACCAUCAUCCACCUGAGGGUUGAUCCAGGUCGAGGACACAUUGGACUGGUAGCUGGGCUGGUGGUCGUUCUGGUCGUUGUUCUGGCUGUGAGUAUCUGGAAGAAGAUGAAGACUCCCUCUCCUCCUCCUCUUCGUCGUGAUGAAGCUGUAGAACCUCUUCAGGUGUAGCUAACCGCUGUGACAUCAUCAGACCAUGUUGCUGCUCUUCCCUCCGUUUCCAUCUUUAAAACUCGGACAUGAGGAAAAGUUCUGGAUCUCAGCAGCUGGUUCUGCUCUGCCACUAGGGGGCGCCACAUGCUGAAGCUCUGCUAGUCUUCACUGUGAUCUUUGUUUUCAUAAUGUAUACAUUUCUGUAUAUAUUUGUAGAUUAUUUAUAAAAAAAUCUUUGUAUAAAUAAAUUUUUUCCAAGU